AUGUCGUCGUCGAACACGAACAACAACAACCAAAACGCGUUAUUCUUCGGCCUCGCCGGUCUCGCCGGAGUGGUCAAGAAAACCAUCCUGAGCGGCUUUGCAUCCAGCACCUCGUCGUCGAUGUAUUACUCGAAACAUUUAACGCAAUUUGAGGAACCUCCGGAACAUUUAAAGUGCGUCAUCACGCAAGAUUUAUUCGAGGAUCCCGUGGUGUUGUUGCAAACCGGGUACACGUACGAACGCGAGGCGAUAUCGAGAUGGCUGAGAAGUAAAAGGUUCGGGAAUCAACCGACGGAUCCAACGACGAAUGCAAUCGUGACGUGCACGGACGUGGUGCCGAAUUGGCAGAUUCGAGCCGGGGUGGAAGCUUGGUUGCAAGAGAAAGGGUACGGCGCGAGCGAGUAUUUUCAGAAGAGGAUGUACGACAACAACGACGAUUCAGACGUAAACGAGGACGAUUCAGACGAGAACAACGAAGGAAAAGGAGAGGAGGAGAAGAAGAAACAGAAACAGAAAUAUACGACCACGCUACCGCCACCGAAAUGGCCGUUAGUGCGAUGCGCCAGCGGAGCACCUCCGGCGACGGGAGAACCGACGGAUAAAUACGGCGUGCCCGUUGGUGGGAGAGACGGGAGAGGUGGAAGGAGUUCGUCCUCAUCGUCGCGAAACAAUGUGAGUAGAUUAACCGCGCUCGCAGAACGCGUGCACAACGCUUUACACAGAGACGUUAUUGUUAUUUUUCACGCGUUGAAACGGAUAGCAUUGUCGUCGCCGAGGAAUUUAUCCUUCUUUUUAGCCUCGUUCGGCGCCGCUGUCGGAGGUAUUCUCGUCGCCUUUCUCAUCGUCGUCCAAAGGAUAUUAUUUUUGCUCACUGGACGCGUCAGUGCGGCGGGAUUGGAACCUUCCGCGGCGUUGACAGCGGCGAGUUCGGACGAACAAGUCAGGGCGUACAUCAACGAGAACGCCGCGAAUUCAGUCGCGACGGCGAUUGGGAAUAUUCUUUGGUGGACGUUUAUUUUAACCAUGAUGUGGUUCACGCAACAUAACGCCAUUCACGAACACCAACAAGCUCAUCUCAUGCGCGCGAGAGCAGCGCAGGCACAAGCGGAAGGUAACCAGCGACGACAGGGUCAUCAUCGCUACUGGCAUUGGGGACAGCGACACCCGCGAUUCCUCCAUUGGUAG